AUGGACGCAAACGUAGCCACUACCCCUGCGCCCGCAGGACAAGGGCAAACUGCAAACGGAAAUGAAAAUCAAAGAGUUCCAUUUUUUCAGAAAAUAAUAUCGAUCAUUGUUCAAAUGUUAAUAAUGCACACAAUUAUGAAUUUUAUAUCUGGUGGGAAAAAUAAAAUAGACCCAAAAAAUGAGUCCACAAAUAUUAAUAACUUAAUAUUACGAAACAGUUUUGAAAAUGAUGAUAUAUUUGAUAUAUAUGUAUUUUUAAGUAAUAAUCAUUCAUUAGAUUUUGAAUAUAUACAAAAAAAUAGUAAAUUGAUACAAAUAAGAGAAAAGGAAUUAUAUACAUAUAAACAGUUUAGUAAUUAUGAAAACAUGAAGUAUUCUUUUUAUCUUGAUGAUACAUGGAAAGGAGAAAAAUAUUUGAGUGUCGUUGCUAUUCCAUUGCAUUGUUAUGAUAAACGUAAUGAGUCCUCAUUAUUAAAAAGCACUAUAAAAAAAAGUUUUAAACAUAAUGUUUUAGUUGACAAUAUACCACUUACUGUUAAAAAAGAACCAUUCGAAGCUGAAAAAAAUGAAAAAUAUAAUUUAAUGAAAGAAGAUUAUAAGGUUAAAAUAAAAAAAAAAAAAGAAGAAUUUUAUCAUAUAAAAAAAAGAAUAGAUAUAAAUAUUAUACACGAUUUAUCAAAACAUAGAAUUAGUGAAUUUAAUAUGCCUCAAUUAAAAAAUUGGAAAAUUAAUAUAAAUGCCCACACAUAUACACCUCCAAUUUUUUUAUCUGAUUUUUGGUUAAUUGAAAAUGAUUAUUAUGUAUUAGAUAAAGAAUUUUUUAAAGAUAAAGAGAAUAGAGUUAAUUAUAUUUCAGUAUAUGAUCCAUAUAUGAUACGAAAUAAUAAUAAGAAAAAUGACCUAUAUGUAUAUCCUGAUAUAAUUGAAAAAAAUUCAGAUGAAAACAAAUUAUUAUCAAUCGAUAUAAAUUAUGGAGUUUGUAGUUUUAUGUAUUAUAUGUUUUUAAAACAAAUGGACGCAUCUUUAUUAAUGAUGGAAAAAAACCAAUCUUUUUCAAUUCAAAAUUUAUCAAAUGUAACUGCACAUAAAGAAAUAAAUAUGAUGAAAAAAAUCUUAAUGACAACAAAUAUUUAUAUGCUAAUAUUUUCAGCUGUAUUUAUAUUGUUACAUACAAUAUUUUCAUUUUUUGCUUUUAAAAAUGAUAUGCAAUUUUGGCAUAAAAAUGAAUCAAUGGAAGGCUUAUCAGCACUUAGUGUUAUUACUACAUUUGUUUGUGAUAUCAUAUUAGCAUUAUAUUUAUAUGAUUCAGAAGAUACAUCAUGGUUAUUAUUAUUUGAGAUGUUUUUAGGGGUUGUAUUAUCAGCAUGGAAAGUAACUAAAGCCGUUGAUGUUUCAUUUAGUAAACAAUAUCCAUAUAUUAUUAUGAAAGACAAAAAAAAUUAUACUGAAUCUAUGACUAAAAAAUAUGAUAAAAUUGCUGUUAAAUAUGUAGGAAUUAUAUUAAUACCCUGUUUUAUUGGAUAUGCAAUUUAUUCUCUUUUUUAUAAUAAAUAUAAAUCAUGGUAUUCUUAUAUAAUAUCAGUUUUAGCAGGAACAGUUUAUACCUUUGGUUUUAUUAUGAUGACACCUCAAUUAUAUAUUAAUUAUAAACUUAAAUCUGUUGAACAUUUACCAUGGAAAGCAUUAAUUUAUAAAUCUCUAAAUACAUUUAUUGAUGAUAUUGCUUUCUUUUUAAUUGAUAUGCCAUGGAUGCAUAAGUUGUCAUGUUUUCGUGAUGAUAUAAUAUUCUUGUGUUACAUAUAUCAAAGAUGUAUAUAUCGAGUGGACAAAAACAGAAGUGAAACACUUUUAAAUAAUCAGAAAAAUGAAAAUGACAAUAAUUCUACUCAAUCUAAUCAAAUUCAAAAUGAGGUUUCAGACAAAAAAAAUGAUUAA